AUGAUGGUGCAAGGCUGUUGGAGAGCAAGAAGACGUAUUCGCACGUCGGAAGAAUCCGCAGACGACAAUCGCUUACAGCAACACCAGCGAGACGACUCCAGCGACGCAACGGACGUUGCCAUGACGCUCGUCCUCGAGACCUCCGUGCUCACUUCAGUGACAACUGUCACCACCGACAGUCGACGUAAGAGCACAUGUGCGAAACUGUAG